AUGAGUACAGACAAAUAUUCUGUUAUCUUACCAACAUAUAACGAAAAAAGAAAUUUGCCAAUCUUGGUUUAUUUAUUGGCUAAAACUUUCCAAGCACAUGAAUUAGAUUGGGAAGUGAUCAUUGUGGAUGAUAACUCCCCAGAUGGAACUCAAAUUAUUGCCAAGGAGUUAGUUAAUAUAUUCGGCGAAAAGCAUAUUCAAUUAAGAGCAAGAGCCGGGAAAUUGGGAUUAGGAACUGCGUACGUUCAUGGUUUACAAUUUGUUACUGGUAACUAUGUUAUUAUUAUGGAUGCUGAUUUCUCACAUCACCCAGAGGCAAUUCCACAGUUUAUUGCCAAACAGAAAGAGCAGGAUUAUGAUAUUGUCACUGGUACUAGAUACGCAGGCGAUGGUGGUGUUUACGGCUGGGAUUUGAAGAGAAAAUUGGUUUCUAGAGGUGCCAAUUUUUUGGCAGCUACAGUCUUAAGACCUGGUGUAUCUGACUUAACAGGAUCAUUUAGAUUGUACAAGAAACAAGUGUUAGCCAAAGUCAUUGAUGAGACCAAAUCAAAAGGUUACGUUUUUCAAAUGGAAAUGAUGGUCAGAGCCAAAGCCUUAGGAUAUAACGUUGGUGAAGUUCCGAUUAGCUUUGUAGACAGAUUAUAUGGUGAAUCUAAGUUGGGUGGUGAUGAAAUUGUGGGCUAUUUGAAAGGUGUUUGGUCAUUAUUUACUAGUGUCUAG